AUGGAGCCAAGCUUGCAAAGAGCUUUGGAAGGUGUGAGGGAUGAUGAGAAUUUGGCCAUCAACCUCAAGCUGAGCAAGGUGUGCCAGCUGUUGUCUGAGAAUGGGCUCCUGUUUAAGCAACACUUGGCACCCUCAUGCCUCACAGUGCACCCACAGAACAGAAGUGGGUUGAUGUUGAAUGCUUUUGAUGUGCAUGAGAAAGGGCUGCUGGCUUUAAAGAUGGGAUUCCAAGUGAGCAAAGUGUCUGAAUCAUUUUGCUUUGAAAUGAGCAGCAAGAAAGAAGAAAGGGACAAGCAAGUGGGUGCUAUGAGGGCUCUUGUCACAGCUUCAGAGAGGAAGUUGGCACCAGUGAAUGGUACUGAGAGGUUCAUGAGUGUAUCAUGCUCCCACAUCAGCCAGUUUCUCAAAGCUGUUGGGUGUGGUCAGUGUGUGACAGAGAAUGAAGAACUAGGUGAAAGCUUCCUGACAGUGGAGACCUUGGAAGCACAGUUCCCUUCAGAUCACCAUUUUCAAUCAAUGGUGAGGAAUGGAUGGCAGUGGCAUUGCAUCAAGAGUGAAGUGGAGGAGUGCUGCCCAUGGAUGCCACAGCUGCUUCAGGCAGCCUUGAACAGUGGAAAUGAAAUUUCCAAACAAUCCACAGAAAUGGAGAUUGCCUUGAGUCUGGCCUACACUUACAAGACAUCUGCCAGCAUGGAGAAUGCUUGUGCUGUGGUGAAAGCAGCCACAAGCUUGGGCUAUGUGGAUGCAAUCAGCAAAUGGGUGAGGCUGUAUGCAGGAGGUGAUGACUUCCCCCUGGUUCACCUCUUGGCUUCAAUCCAGAAGCUGUUCAACAGCAGCCACUUCUUGGGUGAAGAAUUCAUGGGCAGUGUUGCAAUGGCAGCAUUCAAGUCCAAAGAAACCACUUACCCAAUGGUCAGAGCUGCUUUGCUUGCAUGCAACUUGAGCAGCCCAAAGCAAGUGGAUGGUGUUGCCAAGCUUCUUGUCAAAGGGGAUGUUGAGAAGCUCAGGAGCCCACAGUACAAAGAGAAGAUGAAUGGUGCAGAGAGCAUCCUCAAGAUUUGCUUUGAGCAGGUGCAAGGGUCAGAGAAUGGUUUGAAACACAAAGACAAUGUCAUCCUCCUGGCAAAACUCUUCAUAAGGACUGCUUUGUGGCUGUGCAACAAAGAAGGCAAAGGGAGAGAGAGGAAAUGCUUUGGCUCCAUGGAAAGCAUCCAUGAAGCCUUCCAAGAAGAUGAAAAAUGUGGAAAGCUUGCAAAGGAAGAAGAGCCAGCUGAAGAGGGUGAAAGCCAGGACAAGGUUCUAUCCUUGCAUGACAACAUGGAUGCUGUAGUGAUUGCUCAGCACCAGUACCCUUGGCUUGUCAAAGGCAAGAACUAUAUGAAGAAGGACAGCAACCUCAUCCACCGGUUCAGUGGCAUGGGGGCUGAGACUGCCACCUUUGUGGUACAAGACAUCUAUGGUGUGGAAAGCAAUGUGGAGGUGAAACACAAAGAGCUGAAAGUAAUGAGGCCUACUGACAAGACUGUUCCAAAGAAGUUGGACAACAGUGCUGUGGCAAAACUCCAAGUGGGCAAAUCAACACAUUGGCUGCAAGAGCUUGCCAAAUCUGAGGUGCAAGCGGCUGUGCUCAACAACUGCAUGGAGGAAAGUGCUGUGGAUCUCAGCAGCUUGCUGUUCUUUGAUGACAGCAAAAUCUUUACUAAGAAGCCCAUCAAGAAAGGAAACUAUUUGGCCCAAGCCCUUGCAGUGAUGGAAAUUGCUAGAAGGAUUUCCUUGAAAUACAAUGAUGGCCCUGCUGUGGUGCUCCCUGCCCAGCUAAUUCACUUUGAUGAUGAUGGACAGGCAUGGGUGAGGUUCAAGCCAUCACAUUAUGCCAUUGGCAAGUUGGUUCUGGGGCACAUGGAGGAAUACACAAAUGCUGCGGCUGUGAACUUGUCAUCCAGCCCUCAGUGGAAAGAACUCAAAUGCUUACAAAAAGCUGUGGUCAAGAAGGAGCUGAACCUGGACACCAGCAGCAAUGAAGUGUUUGAUGAUGAUGAUGAUGAUGAUGAUGGUGCACAUGAAAGUGAUGACAGCACCAGAAGGUCAUGGAAGAAGCUCCUGGAGAAGGUGGGCAAAAGCAUCGUUGUGAACCUGAAUGGUGUUGAUGUGAAAAUGAUGACACCAGCUAAUUGGAAACAAUCAGAGGUGCUUGUGGUCUUGGAGGAACUCCAGUUGAAGGCCUUCUGUUUGGUUUCACUCCAGGUUUCACCUGACCUAGCCAUGGCCAGCUCUGGUUCUGGAGGGCAUGAUGCAGAGAUGGAGUUCUAUGAGGAGUGGGCAGCAGAACAAAGCCAGCUCCACAUGCUGCAGGAGGUAGCCAGCAAGUGUGUGCGUGACCAGAUGAACCAGUGGAGGGCGACCAUGGCUGAAGAGAGGGCCCAGAAGAGAUUGAAGGUGACACCACAAGUGGCAGUGGAGGAAAAGGAAGUGAAGAUGGAUGAGGUGAAGCCUUCUACUGGUGGAAAAGAGAAUACUGCAGGGGAGCAAAAGAAUGAGGUAAAGAUGAAUGAGGUGGAGCCUCCUUCACCCAUUUCGGUUGAAAAUGAGAAGGCAGUGGAGAAAAAGGAUGACAUGAAGAUGGAUGAGGGGAAGCCUUCUCCCAGUAUGGCUGGGCAUGGGAAGCCUGCAGUGGAGGAAAAGCAGAAGGUGAAGAUGGAUGAGGUGAAGCCUUCUCCCAGUAUGGCUGGGCAUGGGAAGCCUGCAGUGGAGGAAAAGCAGCAGGUGAAGAUGGAUGAGGUGAAGCCUUCUACCAGUAUGGCUGGGAAUGUGAAGCCUGCAGUGGAGGAAAAGGAUGAAAUGAAGAUGGGUGAGGUGAAGCCUGCUCCCAAUACUGAUGGGGGUAAGAAGACCUCAGUGGAUCAAAAGAAUAAGGCUGAGGUGAAGAUGAACAAGGCUGAGGGGAAGAUGGAUGAGGUGAAGCCUUCUCCCAGUGCAAUUGGGAAUGAGCAGAAGCUGUGCCCUCCAGCAAAGAAACCACCUGUGUCACCACCGAUUAUGAUGCCAACAGCCAAGGUGAAGCAGGACAGUUGA